UUCCCCGAUCAAGUUCAUUAUCAGUAAUUUUCCUAUUAUUUUGCCGACUUUGCAUUUUUACAGUUAAAUUGUUGAAUAAAAACAUCAAAAAACAAUGUGUAGUGCAGAGUGUUGGAGUUCCCUUCGAUAGGCGCUACAUAUUUGGCGUCCCAACGAGUGCCUGGGGUUUUGUAGUGAACCGCCACCGCAAUGACUUUCUGGACUAAUUUUGGGACUAUGUAGAUAAAUGAACUAUAGAACGUGAGAUAUUAUUAGUGUUUUCAUCGUAUCCUAGAAGAGGUGAAUGUGGUCCAAGAUUAGAAAAAAUGUUACAGAAUUUGUGUAAUAGGAUUUACAAUGGGCCUUCUAAAAAAUCUGUUAUGGAUAUUCUUCGUCCUAAACCUAUAGACUAUGAUGAAUACAAUAAUGAAAUACCAGACUAUUCUUUGGACUAUUAUGGUUACAUGAACCAAAAGAGUGCCAACUCCGUACUCUCACGAAAAAGACGCGGUAUUAUUGAAGAGUGUUGUUACUCACCUUGUAGCAGGGAAAAUUUGCUAUUGUAUUGUGGAAAAUAGGAACUUCUGCAGUUUCAUUAUUAAAUGCGCUAAUAAUUGAUGCAAGAACAAAUAAAUGAUGUUCAAACAAAACAAAAAAAUA